AUGAAAAGAGUUGCUCAUCGCCUUGUUCAAUCGUCAUCAUCACUUGCUGCCCGUCAUCAAGCAAGCAAAAGUUUUCCUUCUCCAUUCACUGCAGCUUCAUCAGCAAUGAUUGGACACAGAGUCUCACUCCGAUCAUCUUUGAAUUUUAUGGGAGCCAAUUACAGCAAUUUUGAUAGGAAUUGUACCUCUUUGUAUCAUACUUGUUUGAAAACUACCGCAGAAGAUAAGAGUACAAUGGACGGAUCUAGAGAUAUGCAUGGAACCACUGUAUUAUGUGUUCGUAAAGGUGGUAAAGUUUGUCUUCAAGCCGAUGGACAAGUUACCCUUGGUAAUGUUGUAAUGAAAGGAAAUGCUCGUAAAUUGAGACAAAUUGGACAAGAUGCAAUUGCUGGUUUUGCUGGAUCUACUGCUGACGCCAUUACUUUGUUCGAACGACUCGAAUCUAAGCUUGAAGAGUAUCCAGGACAAUUGAUGAGAGCUUGUGUGGAAAUGGCUAAAUUGUGGAGAACUGAUAAAUACUUGAGGAAAUUGGAGGCUGUGAUGAUUGUGGCCGAUAAAAAUAUUACACUCAUUAUUACUGGUAACGGAGACGUUUUAGAACCAACAGAGGGCGGAUCCAACGAUAGUGUGGUAGGUAUUGGAAGUGGUGGCCAUUAUGCAAUUUCUGCAGCUAAGGCCUUACUGGAUGUCGAUGGCUUUGAUGCUGAAUCUAUUGCACAAAAAGCCAUGCUUAUUGCUGGAGAAAUUUGUAUUUAUACCAACACAAACUUUACAAAACUCAUUCUUGAAGAGAAAGAUGGUAAACUAGAAAUUACAGAAAAGUAA